AUGAUUCCUUUUAAUCAACUAUUAAAUAAUGAUUAUAAUCAAGUGUUAUCUAAUUUGAAUCAUACUAAAGCAGAUAUUAUAACAAAUUCAAAAGGAACUGCAUGGAAUCCAGAAAUUGGUUUUAAUAAAAACGCAAAGCCAUUUAAUUUACCAUGGAAAGUUACAGGUGAUACUGUCGAAGAUUCUAUUAUAAUAAGAUUCGAUUUACAAAAAGAAGAAACUGGAAAACACUGUCCUAAAACUGAUAAAGGAAUGACGUUAUUUUUACACAGUCCAACUGAUAUACCUGCUAAUAUUCAACCUACUGCUUAUAUUGCUGUCAACAAUAUAGCUUAUAUUACAACAACAUUUACUUUGAUAACAACAUCUGAAAGUAUUUCUAGUUGGAAACCAGAUAUUCGUCACUGUUACUAUCAGCAUGAGAGGACUUUAAAGUUUUUCAGAAUAUAUACAGUUCAUAACUGUGAUAUUGAGUGUAGAGCCAAUAAUUCGUUAAAGAUGUGUGGUUGUGUGGCUUAUUACCACCCAAGAGAUAUAAACACUCCAAUAUGUGGUUCUGAAAAUUACAGAUGUAUGCGACAGUAUUCAAAUAAUGGUUAUUCAAUUUUUGACAAACACCUAUUUACUAUAAAUACUACAAAUUAUUGUAAUUGUUUAGAUGUCUGCACAGACAUAAGAUUUAAACAUAACGUUGUAUACACGCAUAGGAAUUUGACAAAGAACGUUAAAAACCCCCAAAAACGAAAUGUAUAUAAAUCGAUUAUAGUUAUGUACUAUAAGAGAAAUUGGUGUAGUGUACAAAGAACUGCUUUGAUAUCAGAAAAUGAAUUAUUAGGAAAUAUUGGUGGAUCCUUAGGAUUAUUUCUUGGCGCAAGCAUAAUUAGUGUGUUUGAACUUGUAUACUUUUUUGUGGUACGAUUAUAUGUUGAUCGAUGGAACGAAAAAAAAAAAAAAAAAGAUUUAAUAUUAAACUAG